AGUCGUCCAUCAACUGAAGGUCCCGUACGCCUGGUUGUCCCCCCUCGGCUUAAUGGGCCCCACGGCGGUCAACUUGGGCAGCCCGCAGUUCCCGUCCUUCAUGGGCACCAAGUUCAUGCACUUCAGCCACCCGCUCGCCUUCCACCAGCGACUCUUUGCGGCCCUCGUCGAGUUGAGCUUCGUGACCGUGCACAGUGCCCUUGCGUCCAGUAUGGAGAAUGUGUGUCGGCAGGGCGGCGUGUGUCCUCCUGACAUGCCCAGUAUCCAGAACAUGUCCAGACACGCCUCCCUCGUCAUCCACAACAGCGUCCGGCCUCUUGAACUCCCCGCGCGGCCAGCAGUGCCACAAGAACUCUACGCCGGGGGAAUACAGUGUCGCCCCGCCAAGCCCCUGCCGGAGGAGUUGGAGGCGUGGGUGCAGGGCGCUGGGGAGGCCGGCUUCAUCUUCUUCAGUUUGGGCUCCAUCAUCAAGGGGUCUAGCAUGCCUGAAAAGACCCGCGUGGCGCUGCUGGAGGUCUUCGCGGGCCUUGAGCAGCGCGUCCUGUGGAAGUGGGAUCAGGACACCAUGAAGGACCUGCCCCCCAACGUGCGCCUGGCCAAGUGGCUCCCCCAGCAGGAUAUCCUCGGUCAUCCUCGCCUCCGCCUGUUCAUCACCCACGGGGGACUGAUGAGCACCAUGGAGGCGUCCUACCACGGCGCGCCUGUCCUCGGCCUGCCUGUCUUCGCGGACCAGCACACCAACAUGCAGCUGACGCAGGUGGAGGGCUGGGGGCGCUACCUGGAACCGGAGGACAUCACGGCGGAGACGAUGCGGGAGGCCGUCCUGGGGGUGAUGACUGACGCCGACAUCCAGGCAAAGGCCAAGCAUCGGGCGGUCUUGAUGCGGGACCAGCCGAUGACGCCCGCCGAAACCCUCGUGUUCUGGGUGGAGUACGUCAUCAGGCACCGCGGCGCACCCCACCUCCGCUGCCCCGCCGCCGACAUGCCGUGGUAUCAGGUGUACAACGUGGACGUGUGGGGGACGGUGGCGGCGGUGGUGGCGGGGGUGACCUACUUGAUCAUCAGGCUCACGGUGGCGCUGUGCUCGUGUCUGUGUGGCCGGCGGGCGGGGAAGAGCAAGAAGGACUGAUUGGCUGAUUGGUUGAUGGAUUUUUUUUUUCUUUCACAGCAGAGGAGUCAGUUCAGGGGCAUAAAAAAGGAUGGAUUGACUGAUUGGUUGAUGUUUUUUUUUUUUUUUUUUUUUUACAGCAGAGGAGUUCAAGGGGAUAAAAAAGGAUGGAUGGAUGGAUGGAUUAUUUGCGGACUGAUUAACUGAUUGGUUGAUGGAUUUUUUGUUUUUUUUUUUUUUUACAGCAGAGGAGUUCAAGGGCAUAAAAAAAGGAUGGAUGGAUGGAUGGAUUAUUCGGGGUGUGUAAUCAUGGCGCGGCAGCUAAGAGAGACUGAACAUGGUGGUAGAUAUAGGACAGAUAGGCUGAAUUAGACAAAAAAUAAGUUUACGAAGAGCUAACCGGGUGAACGAAAGACGAAACAGUUGUGUAGUGAAGGUAAAUACGACAGUAAAUUAUUGGCAGCUAAGAGAGACUGAACAUGGUGUUAGAUAUACAGAUAGGCUGAGUUAGACAAAAAAUAAGUUUACGAAGAGCUAACCGGGUGAACGAAAGACGAAACAGUUGUGUAGUGAAGGUAAAUACGACAGUUAAUUAUUGGCAGGUAUAUAUAAUAGACUGAACAUGGUGUUAGAUAUACAGAUAGGCUGAGUUAGACAAAAAAAUAAGUUUACGAAGAGCUAACCGGGUGAACGAAAGACGAAACAGUUGUGUAGUGAAGGUAAAUGCGACAGUAAAUUAUUGGCAGGUAUAUAUAAUAGACUGAACAUCGUGGUAGA